GCAGGAAGUACCCGUGGAGCCAGGCCUCGAGUGGCCAUGGGGUCCAGGUCCAGGUCUAGGGAACGGCAUCGGCGUAGAAGUCGGUCUAGGUCUGAAGAACGAGAAAGUCGGGGGAGGAGAAGAAGAAAUCGGGAAGGGAGCUCGGGGGAAGACAACCAGAAAUGGGGAAAGAAAAAAGAAAAAAGGAGGGACCAGCAUCACAAGAGGCACAAGAGUCAUUCUUCACGUCACUGGGAACGGUCCUCCAACUCGGAUUCCUCUUCAGAAAAAAGGGGCCAUAAAAGUGAGAGGAAGUGGAAGAACAAGUACCAGAAGCGUUCUGAAUCCAGGUCCUCGGUGUCUUCCAUGUCAUCCCCGUCACCUUCCCGCUCACAGAGCUCCAAGGGUGACUUGGGUGAGCAGCUAAGCCUCCAGGAACGCUUGAAAUUGAAAGAAGACCAAAAGAACCAAAAGGAGUUGAUGAAGGCUCUUGAAACCCCUGAAGAGAAACGGGCCAGACGUCUAGCCAAGAAGGAGGCCAAGGAACGAAAAAAACGGGAGAAGAUGGGAUGGGGAGAAGAGUAUAUGGGUUACACCAAUACUGACAACCCUUUCGGAGACAACAACCUGCUAGGAGCUUUCAUCUGGGGCAAGGCUUUGGAAAAAAAGGGAAUUGGACACUUGGAGGAAAAAGAACUGAAAGAUCGUAACAAGAGGAUCCAAGAAGAAAAUCGACUUGAAUUGCAGAAGGUGAAGCAGCUCCGCUUGGAGCGGGAGCGGGAAAAAGCCAUGAGAGAGCAAGAGCUGGAGAUGCUGCAGCGGGAGAAAGAGGCGGAGCAUUUCAAGACGUGGGAGGAGCAAGAGGACAAUUUCCAUCUUCAGCAAGCCAAGCUACGUUCCAAAAUCCGGAUACGAGAUGGGCGGGCCAAGCCAAUUGAUCUCUUGGCAAAAUACAUCAGUGCUGAAGAUGAUGACUUGGCAGUGGAGAUGCAUGAACCGUACACAUUUCUAAAUGGACUCACUGUUUCCGACAUGGAAGAUCUACUAGAAGACAUCCAGGUUUACAUGGAGUUGGAGCAAGGGAAGAAUGUGGAUUUCUGGAGAGACAUGACCAUCAUCACUGAAGAUGAAAUAUCCAAACUCCGGAAACUGGAGGCUUCUGGGAAAGGACCAGGAGAGCGUCGUGAAGGGGUCAAUGCCUCAGUUAGUUCUGAUGUGCAAUCUGUCUUCAAGGGGAAGACCUACAACCAGUUGCAAGUGAUCUACCAGGGAAUCGAGGGCAAGAUCCUGGCUGGGGGACCCAACUUGGACAUUGGCUACUGGGAGAGCCUGCUCCAGCAGCUAAAGGCAUACAUGGCGCGGGCCAGGUUGCGAGAACGGCAUCAGGACGUCCUGCGCCAGAAGCUGUACAAGCUCAAACAAGAACAAGGCGUGGAAAGCGAACCCCUUUUCCCCAUCAUGAAAAAAGAGUCGCCCUCCCCGGAAGCUGCCAGUUGCAGUCACAGGCUAGAGCCAGAGGAAAUCGCCCCAGCACAGCCUGGUCCCUCCUCCGUUGAGCCUAGUGCUGAACCGGAAGCUGAAGCCAAAGCCGAGGGAGACGGAGAAGCGGUGCUGAUUGAGGAGGACCUGAUUCAGCAGAGCUUGGAUGACUACGAUGCCGGCAAGUACAGCCCCCGGCUGCUCACCUCCCACGAGCUCCCCUUCGAUGCCCACGUGGUGGACGCGGACGAGGAUCUCCAGCGCCUCCAGCUCUCCAGGCAGCAGCUCCAGGUCACAGGUGAUGCCAGUGAGAGUGCCGAGGAUAUUUUUUUCCGCCGGGCCAAAGAAGGGAUGGGGGCUGAUGAGGCCCAAUUCAGCGUGGAAAUGCCCUUGACCGGCAAGGCCUACCUGUGGGCUGACAAAUACCGUCCCCGCAAGCCGCGUUUCUUCAACCGAGUGCACACCGGAUUUGAGUGGAACAAGUACAACCAGACCCACUACGAUUUCGACAACCCUCCGCCCAAGAUUGUGCAGGGUUACAAGUUUAAUAUCUUCUACCCGGACCUGAUUAACAAACGCUCUACCCCGGAAUACUUUUUGGAAGCUUGCCCAGACAAUAAGGACUUCGCCACCCUGCGCUUCCACGCUGGACCUCCCUACGAAGACAUCGCCUUCAAGAUUGUCAACCGGGAGUGGGAAUACUCUCACCGACAUGGCUUCCGCUGCCAGUUUGCCAAUGGCAUCUUCCAGCUCUGGUUCCACUUCAAGCGCUACCGUUAUCGGCGCUGAAGAGGUGAACCAGAAGUGGGCUGAUUUUAUGAAGGGACAAAUGUAGGUAAUGUGCAGGGAACUGGUUGCUUGAACGUGGACCAAGAUGGCGGCUUUCAGUAUUGGACAGCGUUUCUAAAGUGUGAUAGAACUACUACUAUCAGAAAUUGUCUUUUUAAAAAAUGUUUCAGGGCUGCCCUGAUAUUCACCAGCAAUUCGGCUCUGGGGGAAUUGUCUCUCUGGCAGUAGAUGGUGCUGUUCCCUCUGCUAGGCGGUGACAUCUGAGUCCGGUCAAUUUAAAAUGUCUAAUUGAGGUGGCUGAUACCUUGAUUGAGAUGAUCCUUGUUUUCUAGAAUGUAUAGAUUUGGGAGGGUGGGAGAAAAUGUCCAACUACGAUAAAGAUUUUGGAUAUCUGCUGCUUGCUUGGUAUUCUUUACCCCGGUGUGGGAGAACAUAAAUCUAUUCUAAAGAGGACUCAGUUAGACAAGUAUAUCCACAAACUGUCUUCUCCAGCUGUGUAGAUUGUUCAGUGCUGAUCAAUAAACUAAGCCGAAGGACACA